CACAGCUGUUAACAAAGAUAGUCAGAAUAUACUACAUUUGGCAGCAGCUAAAAAUAAUAAAAAUAUGGUACAAGGUAUUCUAAAACAUUGUCCCCAAAAAUACAAGGACCAGCUUUUACAACAGCAAGAUGUCAAUGGUGAUACACCUCUCCAUCUACUUAUCUCUAAUGGUUGUUUCGUACCAGAACUUAUUGAACAUAAGGGACUUAAUACAAUGGUAAAAAAUAAGAAAAGUUGGACUCCUAGGGACAUGCUGUAUUCUAAAGAUGAUAUCAUUGCGGAGCAGGUGAAAAUUAAAAUUGCACUUGAUGAUGUGCAGUCUAAUUCGUCCAGAAAAUUUUGGCGUAAAAGCAUGAAGAAGGAUACGGAUAUCUUAGAAAGUUCAGUGCUUCGAAGUAAAAGAGAGAAAAAGGAUUUCAUUUUUGAUAAAUAUACAAAAAUAUUGAUCGAUGAAAAGAAUGCACAGAUGAAAAAAGAUCUGGAAAGGUACAAAAAGAGGACCAACACCCAGAUAGUAGUUAGUGCACUAAUAACUACGGUCACUUUCACUGUAGGAUUUACCAUGCCGGGUGGUCUACAUCAAAGUGGAGAGGUUGAUGAAGGAUUGGUAAUUCUCUCUAAAAAGACUGCAUUUAAUGCAUUUAUGGUAUCAGAUGCACUGGCUUUGCUACUAUCAACAUGUUCUUUGUUUCUCUACUUUCUUGAAUCUAUGUACGAAGAUCCCCAUCAAGUGUCCAAACUAAAUGCUGCAUCAACUGGGCUCAACAUUGUUUCUGUCAUGGCAAUGAUGUUGACUUUCAUUACUGGAACGUAUGUGGUGUUAUCUCACUCACCGGCCAUCGCCAUUACUGUUUGCCUCAUUGGUUCCUUCUUCUUUCUUUUCGUCAUUGUUUUAUUGAUCAAGAUGAUAUACGACCGUCAUGUGAAGAGGAAUGCGGAUUGAAUAUGCAUUCCUGUGCUAAUUAUUUCCAUCUGUCA